AUGUCUCCUACAGCGUCAAAAGCCUCGAGUGAGGACCGACGAUCUGAGUCCCUGAUCAACGGAAAUCAGAUCCAGAGAUCUCAAUCGCAGCGUUCCCAGCGAGAGCGCGCUGCAAAUAGCCUUGUACACACACAGAGCCAUGUUUCUCACCACGACAUGCCUGCCAAUGACGACUUCCAUGAGGUUGAUGCAGAGCAAUAUCUACGCUUCUCGCCAGCUCGCAAAAUGACCAUCGUUGCAAUUCUCUCGUUCUGUUCUUUCCUGGCACCCAUCUCUUCAACUUCUAUUUUAGCCGGUAUCCCCGAAGUCGCGAAGACCUACAACACUACAGGAAGUGUGAUCAACGCGAGCAAUGCACUAUACAUGGCGUUUAUGGGUAUUGCGGCUCCUUUCUGGGGGCCUUUUAGCCAAGUCUGGGGGCGACGACCGGUAUUCCUUGUUAGCGCCUUCUUGUUCUCCGUUUUCAGCAUCGGCACGGCUCUAGCACCAAACCUACCAGCCUAUUACAUUUUCCGCGUCUUAACUGCGUUUCAAGGAACAUCUUUCUUGGUCGUGGGAAGCUCGGCAUUGGGCGAUGUGUAUGAGCCUCGAGCACGAGCGACAGCGCUAGGAUGGUUCUUAUCAGGGACGCUGAUUGGGCCGGCCUUUGGUCCAUUCCUUGGUGGAGUGAUUGUCACUUUCCGGUCCUGGAGGGUGAUUUUCUGGCUCCAGACUGCACUUGGAGGCUGCGGUACGCUCCUCGUCUUCUUUUUCUUCCCGGAGACCUACCCAAAUCUGAAAACAAAUGACAUGAGCGACAUAACAAUAUGGCAAAAGGCCAAGUACCUUUGGCAUCGCAUAUCACCCUCUCCAAGCAUUGCCGCUGGAGCUCUUGUCUGGAAUCAGUAUUCUCUCCUGACUCCGAUUCGAUAUGUGCUUAAUCCGCGAUUCCACUUGACCAGUCCUAUCCAGACGGGGCUGUUUUACAUCGCUCCUGGCUGUGGGUAUCUGGUUGGCACAUUUAUGGGUGGACGAUGGGCAGAUCAUACUGUGAAGAAAUGGAUCCGCAAGCGUGGCGGUGUUCGAGUUCCGGAAGACCGACUGAAAUCUUGCCUGAUAUUUUUGGGCGGUGUCAUCCCCGGCUGUAUCCUCAUCUAUGGAUGGACGGUCGAGAAGGCUGUUGGUGGAAUUCCAGUACCUGUUCUUGCCAUGUUCUUCCAAGGAAUUGCGCAGUUGUUCUGCUUCCCCAGUCUCAAUACUUACAGCCUGGAUGUCAUGCAGUCGAGCGGACGGAGUGCUGAAGUCGUUGCCGGUAGCUAUCUGGUCCGAUACAUAUUCGGUGCGUUGGGAUCUGGACUUGUCCUGCCGGCAGUAGAGACCAUGGGCGUGGGAUGGUUUAGUACUAUCAGUGCGCUGUUUUUGAUUCUCUCCGGGGUUGGUGUUUGGUUGACGACUGUCUUCGGUGACCAAUGGCGCGACAAAGCUGAAAAGAAAAGUCAGCUCCAGGCUGGGGAGUCAGUUUCAGAAACACAACCGGACUCGACCAAAGUUGAGAACUGA